AUGGCUGAAUUAACUCAUCCUUCAAUCAAGAAUGGCUGGUUCUCGGAGGUGUCCGAGGAAUACUUUCCAGGCCAGGCCAUGAGACUCCGCGUUGACAGAAUCCUGCAUGCUGAAAGGUCCAAGUUCCAGGAUGUACUUGUAUUCAAGUCCACCGAUUACGGCAACGUGUUGGUACUUGAUGGAAUUAUCCAGGCUACUGAACGUGAUGAGUUUGCAUAUCAAGAGAUGAUCACCCAUCUACCGCUGUUCUCGCAUCCCAACCCCAAGAGAGUGCUGGUCAUCGGAGGUGGUGAUGGAGGUGUUUUGAGAGAAGUGGUCAAGCAUUCGUGUGUCGAGAGUGCCACAUUGGUAGAAAUUGAUGAGUCUGUCAUUACGCUGAGUAAGAAGUAUCUGCCUGGAAUGUCGUGUGCCAUGGACCACGAGAAGGUGAAGAUUGUCUUGGACGAUGGAUUCAAGUUCCUGAAGGAAGCUGCUUCGCUUGAAACCAAGUACGAUGUCAUUAUUACUGACUCUUCUGAUCCUGAGGGUCCUGCAGAGGAGUUUUUCAAGGAGUCCUAUUUCCAUUUAUUGUACGACGCACUGAACCCAGAAGGAGUAGUCAUAUCACAGGCCUCCGAGAAUGUGUGGUUGAAACUUGAAAAUCUCAGGAAAUUGAAAAACGAGUGUACCAGAGUCUUUCCUAAUGUUGGAUACUCCUACUGUACGAUUCCCACAUACACCUCUGGCCAAUUGGGCCUUAUGGUUUGCGCUAAGAGCGAAUCCACGAACCUGAGGCAGCCAGUCAGAAGACUGGAACCAGAGGAGGAAUCCAAGCUCUUCAAAUAUUACAACAGCAAAAUCCACAGUGCAAGUUUCGUGCUUCCUACUUGGGCUGAAACCAUCAUAAACGAAUAG